GGGGGAGGACCUUGACGUGCUCUAGAGCAAGGCGCAAAUGGCCUCCAGCGGCUCUGGUGUGGCAGCCUUGUUAACUCCCAGUGGGUUCCUGCUCUGUCCCCGUCUCAAGCCCACCAACAAGGUCACCAGGACGAAUCCCAGGUCGGAUCAGAUACUGUCAUGGAAGCCUCGGGAGAGCAGCUACACAGAUCCGAGGCGUCCAGCUCUACGUCUUCUGAAGAUCCGCCACCCGCUGAAGAGCUGUCGGUCCCCGAGGUCCUUUGCGUGGAGAGCGGCACCUCUGAGGUCCCGAUCCCUGACGAUCAGCUCCAGGACAGGCUCCUGUCGGCUCAGAAAGUGGCAGCUCUCCCGGAACAGGAGGAGCUACAGGAAUAUCGCCGCUCGCGUGUGCGCUCCUUCUCUUUGCCUGCAGACCCUAUCCUGCAGGCGGCCAAGCUCCUGCAGCAGAGGCAGCAGGCGGGGCAGCCCAGUUCAGAGGGUGGCGAGCCGGCUGGGGACUGCUGCUCCAAGUGUAAGAAGCGCGUGCAGUUCGCCGACUCCCUGGGACUGAGCCUGGCCAGCGUGAAGCACUUCAGCGAGGCUGAGGAGCCUCAGGUGCCGCCCGCCGUGCUCUCCCGUCUCCACAGCUUUCCGCUGCGCGCCGAGGACCUGCAGCAGCUCGGGGAGCUGCUGGCAGUGGCAAAGGUGCCCGCGCCCCUCUUGACGCCGCGCGCCCAGCUCCGACCCCUCUUCCAGCUCCCGGGGCUGAUCGCUGCAGAGGAGCGUCUGAGGCGACAGCGAGUGUGCCUAGAGCGUGUGCAAUGCUCCCAGCCGCCCCGCGCCGAGGUGACCGGCUCGGGCCGGGUGAUCAGCUGUCCCGGACCCAGGGCAGUAGCGGUGCGCUACACUUUCACCGAGUGGCGCACAUUUCUGGACGUGCCGGCCGAACUUCACCCGGAGUCCCUGGAGCCUCUGUCUCCCGUGAGGUCGGGGAACUCUGGACCAGGGGCUGAGGAUAGUGAGGGGGAGCCGGGCACCGAGCGUUUCUGCUUCUCGCUGUGCCUGCCCCCGGGUCUGCAGCCCAAAGAAGGAGAGGAUGCUGACACGUGGGGGGUCGCUAUUCAUUUUGCCGUCUGCUACCGCUGUGAACAAGGUGAAUACUGGGACAACAACGAGGGGGCCAACUACACCUUGCGCUAUGUGUGCUCCACAGACCCGCUCUGAAUCCGGGAAUUUCGGGACUUGGACAGAGGCUGACCAGCACGCCAAGUUCCAGCAAGGGGAUCUUUAGCUGAGCGACGCCGAUUUGGCAUCAACAGAGCUUGGAACGAUAGGAGAGAAAUGUUAAAUCACACACUCAGCGCAGUUCCACACAUCAGAAAGCACAGCAGCUCUGGCAGUGUUCUGACCCUCAGUCAUCGCUUCCGCUCAUGUCCUAGUAUUCUCAGCCGGCAUCGACAGACAGAGGCUCUCUCCAAGGAAAGGCAUCUGGAAGCCCGAGCCAGGUCCUGUGAUCUUGAGGAUUUGUUUCUAACUUGAGACGUGGUCCUUACAGCUCGAUGAAAACCUGCCCGGAAAGGACAAGGCACCCCACCUCCACGUGGGAGAGGAUGGCUUUCGCACAUGGAACCUUCACAGCCAGGCCUGAUUCUCAGAAGGCUAGGCGGGUGCAGCAUGCUCGUCCUUUUUAACUGGGCAGGAAACGCCUUCCCAGACUCGAUGCUGCUUUCUUCCGUGAUUGGAUACAAAUAUCUUUUAAGGAAGUAAAGGCCGUGUGAACAAGUGUCCUCUUUGUGUUUCAUGUUUUACCUUCCAAGGGUUGGGGAGGCCGUGGCAAUCAGGGGAUGCUUGGCUGAUGACACAUCAGUAUGACAAUUAUGAAACAACAGUAUUAACACAUUUUCUCUUGACGUGGACUAGUCCAGGUUCCUCACACUGGGGAAAAAUGAUCUUCAAAAUGCUUUGUAAAAAGUGUUCUGUCCCUUGCCAUAGCAAAAUGUUGGACGAAUUAAAAUGUCAAAGGCCUUGGCUGUGAGUUGCAAGAGCCCAUCGCGUCCAUCCCAAACCCUUUUGUGCAGCGGAACUGUUCCACUCUCUGCGCCAUUAGCAGUCAGAGACGCUGGGCUCUUGUAGGCUGAACUCCAAUUGCAGGGCUUGGGGGCUGGAAAGGUGGCGCAAGGAGUGAACAGUGGAUGACAACAAAGUUCACCCAGCAACCUCUGCUCAGAACCCGAGGGAGGUGCUCUGCAUAGCAGAACCCUAGGUGCGGACUGGUGCAGGGACCAUGUUCAUUCACUUCGGAUGGCUCUGUAUGUCCAGGUCGGAGUGGGAGGGCAUUCUGGGUAAAAAAAAACUUAGCUCCUUCCUUUCUACUUUUCUGGAGCAACUUAUUUUCUUAAAAAAAGAAAGGAACCUAUUAUUAUUCAAAGUGUCCUAUUCUCUAGCAUGUGACUAGCAUAAAUAAUUAGUUCGAGGGUAGUGGACUAAAUUUAAGGGUGUGUGUUUUCAUGGCUCUAUGGGUCAACACAAUUACCACAGGCCAAACAUGGCCCAAAGUCCUUUUUCAUACAUAAAUGAUAUUCGCAUGUUUAAAGUAUUUUUUAAAUUUUGUGAUAUGUAAUUAUACUAAAGUCAGAUAUAGUGGUACACACCUGUAAUCCCAGCAUUUAGGAGGCAAAAGCAGGAUUGUCAAGAGUUUGAGGCUUAUCUUAGUGACCUAGAAAGACUUUAUUAAACAAAAACAAGGGUGA